UUGAGACGCAGCAGGAAUGGGUCGUAGCCUGUUGAUCGUUGGCCGGCGCGUGAACUACCAAUUUUUCCAUUGCACAUUUUCGUUAUUUUGGCGAAGAUUUUUAGGGAAAAUUCAUCGGGAAGUUAAAGAAAAUCGAGUUUCCAGUGCUGGAAAUAUUUCGGUAUAAUUAAAGCAAUUUUUGUUUUUUUUUUCGGUUGUUAUUAUCGUUAUAGUGCGCACUUCGACCUCUCUCACGAAAUUGGAAGGAAAAAAAACAUAGUGUGUGUGUGCAGCGUUGCCGUCGAUAGCACGGCACUGGUAUUCUUCCAUGGUGCAUCGGCUCUAUGUUGUCGCAAGUGUUGAUGAGCAACAGUAGCCAUCAGAGGCGUGCGGGCGAUGGGAGCAGCGAGUACCCCGGAGCCGGACCCAGCGGGGUGUUCAGGGGCGUGCAGGGAGGGUUUUACCAGCAGGACCCGAUGGCGGGGACGGCGCAUCACGGGGGUAGUGUGACGGGGACUGUGGUGCACCAGCAGCAUCACUAUCAUCAUCAGGAGGCAGGAAGUAGCAGUGGUAGUGGUGGAAGGCAUGGAGGUAUCGCGCAACAUCAGUGGUAUUCUCCGCCGCCACAAGCGACGUACAGUUAUGUUGGACCUAGUAAUAGCAGAGAGAUGCGCAACAGGGCCGAGAAGCAACGAAGAGAUCGCAUCAAUUCGUUCAUCGGCGAACUACACCACCUGGUACCGUUGGUGUCCACCAGCGCCAAAAAAAUGGACAAAAUUAGUACCUUAAGACUGUCAGCAGCCUACUUGCGAUUAUGUCACUUAUUGGCUAAAUCGAAGGGAGUGCGGAUGGACUUUCCUUGUCAAGUGGACCAGUUCAUCAUGGAACAGCUGGUUGGCGAAGACCUGAAAGGAUUUAUGAUGAUCCUGAGUCCCGAUGGCAAGAUCGUGUUCGUAUCUCCGUCUGUUGAGUCACUUUUGGGACAUUUGCAAACAGAUUUACUGGGUGAAUCGUUGUAUUCAGUGACAGCUUCCGAAGACCGCGAAAGAUUAAAAACGUACCUGCGCUGUGAAGGAGAGUUAGAACAAGGCUGGCGAAAAUAUUUCAGUAUACGCAUCAAGAGGGCGGGUCCCCGUUCUGAACCCGCCAUCUACGAGACCAUCAAAAUGAUGGGCAUCCACAAGCAAAUGACCCCGACCAAUGUCGACAGUACCAAUGCGAACUGUACCGCCCUGGUGCCGUCCACGUCAGGAGGCGCACCGGAACCAUACAAUUCGGACCUCCUGAUAUUUUUUGCCAAGAUAUUCCGACCCGAGCCCCUCAUUGGCAUGUUGCAACAGGCGUCCAAGGAUGAGUACGUGACGCGGCAUCUAAUUGAUGGCAGGAUCAUCGGAUGCGACCAGAGGAUAUCGUUGAUAGCAGGGUACAUGUCAGACGAAGUGACCAAUCAGAGCGCCUUCCUUUACAUGCACAGGGAUGACGUGCGAUGGGUGAUGAUAGCCUUAAGACAAAUGUACGACAAAGGAGAGAGUCGAGGAAAUUCUUGCUACCGGUUGAAGUCGCGUAACGGCGAGUUCAUCUACCUGAAAACCUUCGGAUUUCUGGAGAUAGACAAAAAGGGCAUCGUGGAAAGCUUCGUCUGCGUCAACACGCUCGUGAACGAGGACGAGGGCCAGAUGGAGAUCAGGGAGAUGAAGAGGAGGUACGGCGCCAUCUUCAGCAAUCCGCUGUCGAAUUUGGGCGAUUCUGAAGACAGUAGUAGCGGCAUGGAGGACGAACAGUGUUCAGAAACCAGUCAGAUAAUGAGAAGGGUGGCUACGUUACAAAAAGUAAGAAGUGACGAUUUCACGGAAGAUCCCCAAGUGGUGGAAAGCGCAAUCCACGAGCUUAUGCAGAACUUACCGUCUCCGGGAUCGGACAAUGCCAACGAAGCUGACCAGUUGCGCGCGCAGGAAGAGCAGAUGCGCGAAAGGAACAUUGCGCAACGGAACGCCAACAACAAUGUCAAGUCCUCGGCCGAAGAAGUCGUUCCCAAACAGCCAGAUAAUAAGGCCUCCUCCAAAAUACCCCAUCUAAAACUGAGAGUUGGUAGUAAAAGGGCGGCCUCCCUGUCGCCGGAUCACAUAAAAAGGCAGAGGAUGAGCAGCGUGGACUCUGAAGUGUCGCAAUUGUCGCCCAUUAGUCCGUCGAUAAGUUCCAAAGGGUCCCCCAUGAGUCAAAUUCAAAAGCUGGAAGAGCAGUAUUCGACGCGACCGUCGGACGUCUCGCUACACCAGCAGCAUCACCCGGCGUAAUGGCGGAUCCCCGGUGACGGCAACGUUGCAAUGAGUAAUAAAACAAGACUGAUUAUAAGCCAUACUUAAGCGAGAAAAGAUAGAAGAUAACUAGGCAACAAAAAAACGCACAGACUGACACUUAUUGGCGUUUGCGGUUCUCUUUUAUGUAUAUUUCGAUGCAGGACGACCCCCACGUUUAAUUCCACGAAUUACGCUAUCGACUGUACCUGAGGGUGUGUUAUUUACCAAGUUGAUCAUUUCUCUCACGUCGCCCUCUCAAUUUUUAGUUUGUUGUCAAAAAAAAAUAACAGAUCAUGGUAAACCUUAAUAUUCACAUUAAACCUUGCCCCAAAGACGAUUCAUUUUCCGUUUAAAUUACAUGGGAAUUUGUCAUUUUUUGCAAAUAUUUUUUUUUCUCUCGAUCUUGUUCUCUCGCAGCCAUGGCAACGUAUUCUUGUACAGAAUUGAACGCU